UCUAGAAGGGGCGGUCCAAAUUUCAAUCGUGUUUCCGAAAAAAGUCAAAGGAGAAUCCUUCAAAUAAAAUUGAGAUUUGGACUUUUCCGCGUAAUUUCCCUGGAAAAUCAAUUUUCCUCGAAUCAGCGUCAAUCUUUUCGUUAUUACUUAUUCUCUCGCUGCUGUGUGGUUGCUUCAUCAUAAUCGUUGACGAUGUCGAAAGAGGGAGAAACGGUGAUCGGAGUACCGUAUUACGCGGGGCAUAACCCGUAUCAGGCGGGGAUCGUGCCGCCGAACGCUAUCUAUGGAGAUCCGAUGGGUGCUCCGAUCCAGCAAACGAUUUAUCGGGACACUCCCGCUCCUUUCAAUUGUCUCUAUUGCGGCAAUACAGGUCUCACGGGUAUCAGAUCAAAACCGGGUGUAGCUGCUGUUGUGGCUUGCAUGACGCCGUUUAUGCUUGGAUUCUGUUUUCUCUGUCCUUCAAUGGAUUGCCUCUGGAACAAACAGCAUCACUGCCCUCAGUGUGGGAACAAGGUUGCUGACUUUGAGAAAUCAGAUCCCUGCCUUGUGAUGGAUCCUCCACAGUGGAAGCAACCGAGCUUUGCACUCCCUGCGUGAUAAUAUUACAUGUGAAGUUGAGUCCUUUGUGUUGCAUAUACCUACAAAAAUUGAAAGAUUCAUAUUCAACCCUGUAAAAUGUGUGAGAAAAGGAAUGUAUACAAUUUGUAUGUAUCGUCCAGUGAUUCUUGAAUUGUUGAACCGUUUAGUGUCUUGACUCUUGUCCCUUCUUUGGCUAUGAAACAAGACUCUUCACUUUGAAAUUCUUUUCCCCUUUGGGAACCCACAGGUAAGGAUGCUGUGAUGGGCUGGGCCGAUCUGGCAUGUUUUAAUUCAAACCUUCCACUUUGAACCAGGCUUGUAUUGCUCUGUUGAAACCUACUCCGGUUUUGGGUUAUAUAGAACCUUGACCCCCCUGCUUUGACAUGGGACCAAGAUUUUGAACUCUUUGUGAGACGGGUUCUCUAUGUCUUUUUAAAAUCUGUUAGAAGUUUGUGGAUUUUACUUUGUUAAAAGAAGAUAAGAACAUAACGAUUUAUGUAUUUGUAUGAGAUUUUUGUCAAAAGAUAGACCCAACUUAACAAAAUCGAGACCAAUCGAAGUGUAGAUGAUAGCAACUUCCCUUAUGUCAAAUCUGUAUUAUUGGUUAAGUCUCUUUAAAC